CUUUUGCGAGAUAUUGACAGUUUACAGCUUUAUCUACGCAAGUUAUUUUGUAAAGUUUUUUAUACAUGUCUCUUUUAACACAAAACAAUUACUGUUCACCUCACAGUGCGAUAGUAAUAUCCAAUAACAGCGAUUUAGAUGGUCAAAAAGUAGUAAGAAGGUUUAUUAACUCGGCUGUUUAUGUAGAAAAAGUUUUACCAAAUAUGGAAACAGAAGAUUAUAGAUUUACAACAUACACAAUGCCUACUAGAAAAAAAACUUUGGGUGGAAUAAAAAAAACACUUAAAUGCUGUUGUGGUACUGAUUACAGUGAUUGUCCUUGCCAUCCAAAUAAUAACAUUAAUAAUGAAUUCAAUGGGUACAUUUCUAAUAGAUCAACAAAUAGCAAAGUUUCAGAAGGUUCAUUUACUGAAAUAGACAGUCAGAUAACAGUAAAAGAAAGAUUGAAAGAUAAUGCUGAAUUUAGACUAUCAUUGACAUCUUUAUCAACUCAAAACAAUUUUCUUGAUAGCGAAGAAAAAGAAGAGAUAAUAAAAAACUGGAUAAGAAAAAAACAAGCAGAAAAAAGACAAAGAUUGCUAAAAGAGCAGAAGAAACAAGAGAAAAAACAAAAACGCAGAGAGGAGGUCUUAGAAAUGGAAAGAGAUAAUUUUAAAAGAUGGCUAGCCGAUAAGAAACAAGAAGAGAUACUAAGAAGGCAAGAGAAACAAAAGGAAAUGGAAGAAUUAAAACAGAAAGAGGAAGAAAGACAAAAAAGGCAACAAGAAAAUGAUUUAACUUAUAAAUUAUGGUUGCAAAGGAAAAAGAAAGAUGAGCUAGAGAAAAAAAUUAGAGAUAAAAUAAAAGAACUGGAAGAGAUGGAAGAACGUGACAGAAGAAUAGAGGAAAAUAAAAUAGCUUUCCAAGAAUGGGUAAAACACUCAAAAGGCAAACCAAAACCUUUACCAUCAAACCAAGGAUUAACCAGUUUGUGUUCAUCAUUAUCUGUAACAUACAUAAAUCCUGUACCAUGGACUCCAAAUAUAAAACAUGAAUUUGGAAUUUAAAUGUGAAAAAUAAUAAAUAUAUUUGUUAAAAACUGUUUUAAUGGGUAAGAAUACAAAAUCCAAAGCUUUAAAUAAGAUCCACCUAUUUAUUAUGAAAAAUACUUUAUAUCUCAAUUAAUACCAACAAUAAAUCAAACAAACAUAAUAGAAAGUACUCACUUGUAUUAAAAUUCAAAAAAUUAUUAAAUUAAUACAGAGAUUCUGUUGCAUUGUUGGAUCUUGGCUUUUUAAUUUUAUCUAGAUUUUUAACAACAAUGUCAUGCAAGGCGCAAUAUCUGUUUCUUAUUUCUGACAAAACCAACCAUAAACUCAAAUAUUCUUUCUCAUCUAAUUCUUCAACUGCUCUGCGGUAAUCCUCAAU